CACAUUCUGCGAGCAGCCAUGAGCGGAUCGGCGGCGCGUCACUUCCGCUCAGCCGCGGGGGCGCUGCGAUACUGGCUUAGGCCCUCACACGCCUCGUCAUCAGCGCCUCUGCCGCCUUCUGUCCCCGCUAAUGCCGUCCUCGCUACUAGGCAACCUCUUGACUCCACUAUUUGCUGUACAAUCGAUCCUGUCCUCACCCGAACAGCCGCCUCCAUUGCCGGCGUUAACGUCAGCGAUGUUUCUCCUGGAGACACGUGGCAUCGAUCCAACGGUUCAUUUCUGCAUUGUUCGAUACCACAACAUCAAGCCCUUCCCGUAUCGAUCGGCUCCCGAAGCCUCGCAUCAUCCGCGUUUCACUCAUCUCCCGCCGUUGCUGCAGCUGCUGCAGCUGCUGACGUGGCAACCAGCGGAGCUAGCGGGGAGAAGCCUCAGCCGCCCGGUGCCACGCUGCUUCCGACGGCCGGCGCUCCGGUAGUGUCACCCCUCGUUACAGGCACGUCGCAGCUGUCGCCCGCGUCGCCCACUGGGCGCACGGUUCGGGCCGUGCUCGCAGGGCUGAAGCAGGGUCCCAAGAAGGUGAACCUAGUGGCAGCCAUGGUGCGUGGCAUGACGCCCGAAGAUGCGCUCAUGCAGAUGGCCGUCAGCACCAAGCGGGCUGCUAAGACUGUUGCUAAGGUCGUCACGGCAGCAAGAGCCAAUGCGGUGCACAACCAUGGGCUAGAGGAGAGGAAGCUGAUCAUAGCUGAAGCGUUUGUGGGCAAGGGGAGGUACCUAAAGCGCCUGAAUCCCCAUGGGAGGGGGCGGUCCGGGGUAAAGCACCGAUACAGGAGCCGGCUGACGGUGGUGGUGCGGGAGAUGAACGAGAGGGAGGCGGAGCGGGUAGAGCAGCAGAGAGUGGCGGCGGCCAAUCACAGGUGGCUGAGGCGCGUGCAGCGGAAGCGAGGGCAGAUUGUGCCGCAUAAGGUGGUGGAGGUGGGGAGGAGGAAAGAGGAGGAAAGUGGGAUUGCGUGAUACAAUGAGUGAGAAGGAAAUCAGGGAUUGCGUGAGAAAGGGAGUGAGUGAAAUACGUGUAGGGUUGGAAUGGAAAGAAGUGGGGUUGAUUGAAGGGUUGAUUGAGGUGUAGUUGAUGAAGUUGAUACAACUGAGGGCAGAAGAGGAAGGAUGCUAAUGCGAUGAAGUUUAGCCUUUGUAUCCAUUAGUGCUACAUUUUUAGGAGCACAUCGUUGUGCUCCUAGCGCAUUUUCCCCUCCUAUUAA